AUGGAUGAGAUGCCAUUCUGGGUUGUGCCAAAGGACCGGAACAAGACGGCGUCUUAUUUGUCCCAGUCUUGCUGUUACUUCGCCAAGGGAUCGUCUACCAACGGACUGGCAACCAUACAUUCCCACACAAGGGCCGACACCGACGCAAUGAGCCCUCACACUUCUGACGCGCGGGGGGAUACUAAGAGAAUCUCUUCGCACAGAGGGAAAAGUGGAAGAGACAAAAACGAGCCACCGCAGACGUCAGUCGACCGUAUAUGGACGAGAUUCUCUGAACGGGAGUUCAGUCAAGUCGUUAACGUCAUUCCUUCCGACUCGGACCCGGGCGCCCUCAAUAUUUGUCCGUCGAACAAGUUGCUACACGAUGAUUAUGCCCGAGCCGCCGCCAAAUGUCGAAGAAAGGUCGAAAAGAUUGUGAACGAAUGCAAGCGCGUCAAUAUGCGGUAUCGUGACCUGACUUGGGAUCUGGACUGGGACUUGAAGCUCGAGAAAGGGGACUGUCUGAAUGGUUUAUGUGAAGAAAAGUACGACUUGAGCGCCGUGUCUCUGUCAAGCUCGGAGGACAAAGUACCCAAGGCCGUGAAGCGAGUCCACGAGCUAUUCGAGCAGCCCACAUUCAUGGAACGCAUCCAGGGUGGCGACAUUACACAGGGUAACUUGAGCGACUGCUGGUUGAUGACGGGCUUAGUUGCUCUUGCCAACAUCCCCGCCGCUGUCAAGCGGACCUGCGUUAGCUACAACACGACGGUCGGCGUCUACGGGUUCGUCUUUUACCGAGACGGGGAGUGGAUAUACUCCAUCAUUGAUGACAAGCUGUACCUCAAAUCACCCUGCUGGGACUCUCCGAGUACGCAGAGAGAUCUGUUGGAACAAGUCGGCCAAGACGGCACUGAGAAGCUGUAUCGGAAAACGUACCAGACAGGAUCCAAAUCUCUCUUCUUUGCCCGAUGCAGAGAUCAAAACGAGACCUGGGUCCCUCUCAUCGAGAAGGCGUACGCGAAAGCGCACGGCGACUAUUCUUCUCUCGCCGGUGGCUGGACCGGCGAAGGCUUGGAGGACCUGACCGGCGGUGUCUGGCGCAGAUACUCCACCGCUACGAGAUGUGUACGGAGACCUUCUCCGAACUUGUCGUCCUUCUUCACCAACUAUAAGGAAAAGCUACACGCCCCGAUCCGGCUCGGCAAACUCUCCCAGCAUACCUUGGAUGCAACUUUGAGGACAUCUCUAGACAUCCGGAGUCAGAGAAGGCUUGAGAGAAAUUGUUCGAUGUCGAUGCCGACUUCAAUGAAAAGAUCAAAUAUCGACUGCUGA